GGACCCAUUUGAAGAGAAGGGUUUUAGUAUUCUCUCCCAAUAUAUAGGUCCUCUGCUUCUACGUCGUUCAAGUAAUCCAGUCUUUCUCAUUUACAUAUCGCUGUCCCAACCUCUAGAGUCUGCAAAGAAACCCGUUGCCAUGGCCGAACCUCAGAAUAAAACCUACUCUCAGCGGACCAGCGAGCAGUAUCAGAAACAGAAAGACUCAUGGAUGCCGUGGAUCGAAGACCUAUAUCUGAGAUGGUUCACCAAGGACAACAAAGCCUCCUAUGCCACCAAAGGUAUCCCCAUCCCAUCUCAACCCAAUCCGUGCGCAGACGCUGAACGCCUCUAGACACCCUCAACAAAUCCAAAGUCACCGGCAUCAAGCAAGUCGACACUCUCCAAGACGGCGUAAACAACCUCGUCGCCGGGCAAGUGGGCACAGGCGGCCUUGCGCAACCGAUCGGCGACAGAGCCUCGAAAGAGGGCGUCAAUCGAGCGGAGCGGGGAGGGAAGGACGAUAAGGGGGGGUAUCUCCCCGGCGGCCAGGGGGAUGGCUAUGUUGGACAGGCGGGAGGGGUGGUUUCGGGUGCGGGUGAGCAAGCGAAGGGGAUGGCGGGGAAGGCUGGAGAGGGCGUGAAGGGUGCGGGUGGAUAUGUGGGAGGACUCUGGGGUAAGAAGGGUGAGGGGGCGAAGAAGUAGAAGGCUAAUGAAAGGAUGCGGUCUAGGCGCAGUCUAGGUGCGGUCUGUUCUUUUCUAGUAUUUGCAUGUAUACCUU